AUGGGCGGCUACGAGAACGGUGACUCGCCGGCGGCCGCCGCCUGGGAGGGCGGCGUGAUCCUGGGCGUGGACGGAGGCACCACCAGCACCGUCUGCGUCUGCCUGCCGGCCGCAAUGCCACCACCGGAGGCGCCCGGCUCCGUCGCCGUGCUCUCCCGCGCCAUCGCCGGCUGCUCCAACCGUAAUUCCGUCGGAGAAAACGCUGCACUGGAAACUCUAGAACAGGUCAUGAUGCAGGCCCUCACAAUGGCCAACACAGAUCGUUCUGCUGUUGUUGCAGUUUGCUUAUCUGUAUCUGGGGUGAACCAUCCUUCAGAUCAGCAGAGGAUGCUGGACUGGAUCUGCAACCUAUUCCCUCGCAAUGCCAAGUUUUAUGUGGAAAACGAUGCGGUGGCGGCUUUAGCCAGUGGUACAAUGGGAAAGCUACAUGGCUGUGUAUUGAUUGCUGGCACAGGAAGCAUUGCUUAUGGGGUCACCGAAGAUGGAAAAGUAGCGAGAGCAGCUGGUGCCGGUCCUGUCUUAGGCGACUGGGGUAGUGGCUAUGGCAUUGCUGCACAGGCCCUCACAGCAGUAAUAAAAUCACAUGAUGGCCGUGGACCACAAACUAAUCUUACAAGAGAUAUCAUUAGGAAGCUUGAAAUUUCUUCACCAGAUGAGUUGAUUGGGUGGGCAUAUGCGGAUCCAUCUUGGGCCCGUAUUGCAGCUCUUGUACCUGUUGUGGUAUCUGCUGCUGAAGAUGGUGACAAAGUAGCAAACACGAUACUGCAUGAUGCAGUGCAAGAGUUGGCUGAAAGCGUUGUAGCUGUUGUUCGGCGCCUUACAUUGUGUGGUGAAGAUGGGAAGGACCAAUUUCCACUUGUAUUGGUUGGAGGUGUCCUCGAAGGAAAUAAGAAAUGGGACAUCAGUGGUGAGGUCAUAAAAUGCAUUUCCAAAGUAUUCCCAGGUGUCUGUCCUAUUCGACCCGAGGUCAGUAUGAGAACUGAUAUACGCUGUUAUGAAGUCUAUCUUAUUAGCCAUUGCAAUUCUCUGGAGAUUGAACAUUCUGAGGCUUUGGACAGUUUGGAAUAUCUGCGAGGGUUUUUUGCAGAAGGGUUGAGUGACUCCUGGCAUACCUCAUGUGUUUAUUUGGUCGUUUCCCAGGUUAUUCGUGUUGGAUGA